UCCUCCCCCCCGGCUCCCUUUUGAGGACCUGCCACUGAGGAGGACCCACAGACACUGACGGACCCUGGCAAGAGGGAGGACGCUGGGACACGCAAACUUUGUUUACUUGCAACAAGUGUCAUUUCCACCUGCGGCAUAACAGCAGCCCAUCUGCACACUUUGGUCUCCACACCAAAGGCAGCGCAACAGCAGAGGCACCAAGGGCCUUGGUCUGCCAUCUGCCCACUCUGACAGGGAGACCACAGGAGGCUGGGGAGCUGACAUUCUACUCAUUACUUGUGCACUUUUGUGAAGUGCACAUUUACUUGUGCACUUCCCAUUUUUUUCACCACAACCACCUGUUGAGGAGAGAUCUACACAUCUGAAGGAACCUGAACUGUGAGAGUGAUACUGGACAUUAAAUUUUGAAAUUCCAUACUCCAGAGAGGAGGACGUAAAAAUUAAAUAAGUUCUUCUGUCAUCGGUCAAGAGGAUAUUUCCAUUAAAAUGAUGGAGGAUCACUUGUCUAAGAUCUCCAUGCUGCCAUCCUCCUCCCCCUCUGAGUCCUCUGGGAGCGGUGGGACUGACGACAGCAGAGGAGCCAAGAGUCCUGCCCCGGGCAAAGCCCUGAGCCCGGCUCUGCUCUGCAAAGUGUGUGGAGACACCAGCAGCGGGAAGCACUAUGGCAUCUACGCAUGCAAUGGCUGCAGCGGCUUCUUCAAACGCAGCGUGAGGCGGAGGCUCAUUUACAGGUGCCAGGCUGGCACCGGCAUGUGCCCAGUGGACAAGGCCCAUCGCAACCAGUGCCAGGCAUGUCGGUUGAAGAAAUGCCUGCAGGCUGGCAUGAACAAAGAUGCUGUGCAAAAUGAACGGCAGCCCCGCAGCACAGCCCAGGUGCGUCUAGACUCUAUCGACGUAGACCCAGAGAAGGAGCAUCUGGCCACCACACGGGAGCCCACCUCCUCCUCCUCUUCCUCCUCCUCCUCUUCCUCCUCCACCGGCUCUGUCAUCACAUGGCCCCACAUCACCUCCUCCAUGUCCAUCAGCUCCUCUGUCGGCCCUCAGCGCUGCAUCAGUCCGCAGAACAACCACCGUUUCAUGGCUAGCCUCAUGACGGCCGAGACCUGCGCCAAGCUGGAGCCCGAGGACGUUGACGAGAACAUUGAUGUGACCAGCAAUGAGCCAGAGAGAGCAUCCUCAGAGUACCACAUGGCUCUGUACCCGUCCAGCUCUGAAAACGUGUAUGAGACCUCAGCGCGGCUACUCUUCAUGUCAGUGAAGUGGGCCAAGAACCUGCCAGUGUUUUCCAACCUGCCCUUCAGAGACCAGGUGAUCCUGCUGGAGGAGGCGUGGAGCGAGCUCUUCCUGCUCUGUGCCAUCCAGUGGUCCCUGCCGCUGGACAGCUGCCCGCUGCUCUCCCUGCCUGAUCUCUGCCCCGGCAUGCAGGGCAAAACCAGCUACACCAGCCUGGACCUCCGGCUCCUCCAGGAGGUCUUCAGCCGCUUCAAGGCCCUGGCAGUCGACCCCACUGAGUUUGCCUGCCUCAAGGCGAUAGUGCUCUUCAAGCCAGAGACUCGUGGCCUGAAAGAUCCAGAACAAGUGGAAAAUCUCCAGGAUCAGUCCCAGGUGAUGCUGGGACAGCACAUCCGCUCACACUACCCCAGCCAACCAGCCAGGUUCGGGAAGCUGCUUCUCCUGCUUCCUUCUCUGCGUUUCGUGAACUCAGAGCGGAUAGAGCUGCUGUUCUUCCACAGGACCAUUGGCAAUACGCCCAUGGAGAAACUGCUGUGUGACAUGUUCAAAAACUAAACACCCAGACACUUGUGCAGUCAUGAUUUAUCUCCUUGUUUGGAGGGAAGAAAUGUUGAAGUAGAGACUGGUCUAUUUGCUUUGUACUCUGUAUACUGAUCAAAUCAGAGAUUAUGCAUGCUUUUUUUUUUUUUUUUUUUAAAAGGCCACUUUAAUAUUUGUUUGCUGUUAUUCCAUCCAGUCAUGUUCCAUUUAAAAAUUAUGUUGAGCUUAUGUCAUGCUGUCUGUUUGUAUAAUAUUAGUUUUGAUUUGUCUCCUAAGUGAAUUAUGACUACAAUUUAUCUUCCAGUUUCUAGCAUUUCUUUUUUUUCUUUCCUUUUUUGGGUGAAAAUUGAAAUGUAUAUUUUUUAUUUGUUUGGUGGUAGAUAUAUUCCUGCUAUUGUACAUGUGCAUGUUGUAUUCAUAUUGUCAUGUCUUGAUAAAGAUAAACUUGCUUGAAAAUUG